GGGAAAGGUUGAGACAACUAACUGGCUGUCUCCAAAUAAGUGAUGAGCUGUAAUGCAUCCUCCUGUCCAGGCACGCUUCCUCUUGCAAGUCGUGCAGCAUUCCUCAGUGGAAACCUUUAAACCCUAAAAUCCAGGAAAAGAAAAUAGAUACAUUAUCAUGGACCUGAGGGAUUUUUACCUGUUGGCUGCUCUGAUUGCCUGUUUAAGGCUGGAUUCCGCAAUAGCUCAAGAACUUAUUUACACUAUUAGAGAGGAAUUGCCUGAAAAUGUGCCCAUAGGAAACAUACCAAAGGACCUGAACAUUUCUCACAUCAAUGCUGCCACAGGGACCAGUGCCAGCCUUGUCUACAGACUGGUUUCUAAAGCUGGGGAUGCCCCUUUGGUGAAAGUAUCCAGCAGCACUGGGGAAAUUUUCACAACCUCCAAUAGAAUAGACAGAGAAAAACUCUGUGCCGGAGCCUCCUAUGCUGAGGAGAAUGAGUGUUUCUUUGAACUUGAGGUGGUGAUCCUCCCCAAUGACUUCUUCAGGCUGAUCAAAAUAAAAAUCAUUGUCAAGGAUACCAAUGAUAAUGCCCCCAUGUUUCCAUCUCCUGUCAUCAAUAUUUCCAUUCCAGAAAACACUUUGAUCAACAGCCGCUUUCCCAUUCCAUCAGCCACAGAUCCUGACACAGGCUUCAAUGGGGUACAGCAUUAUGAAUUGUUAAAUGGGCAGAGUGUUUUUGGACUGGAUAUCGUGGAAACUCCGGAGGGAGAGAAGUGGCCACAAUUGAUUGUUCAGCAAAACUUGGAUAGAGAACAGAAAGACACGUAUGUGAUGAAAAUCAAAGUCGAGGAUGGAGGCACUCCACAGAAAUCCAGCACGGCCAUACUGCAGGUCACAGUAAGUGAUGUAAAUGACAACAGGCCAGUGUUUAAAGAGGGUCAAGUGGAGGUGCACAUUCCAGAGAAUGCCCCUGUGGGGACCUCUGUAAUUCAGCUCCAUGCCACUGAUGCAGAUAUCGGCAGUAAUGCUGAAAUCCGGUACAUUUUUGGUGCCCAGGUCGCCCCUGCAACCAAAAGACUCUUUGCUUUAAAUAAUACUACUGGGCUGAUCACAGUUCAGAGGUCCCUAGAUAGAGAGGAGACAGCCAUUCACAAAGUGACCGUGCUGGCUAGUGAUGGCAGUUCCACUCCUGCUCGAGCAACGGUUACCAUCAAUGUCACCGAUGUAAAUGAUAACCCUCCUAACAUAGACCUCAGGUACAUUAUAAGUCCUAUCAAUGGCACAGUGUAUUUAUCUGAGAAAGAUCCUGUCAAUACAAAGAUCGCCCUGAUUACGGUUUCGGAUAAGGACACAGAUGUGAAUGGCAAAGUGAUCUGCUUCAUUGAGAGAGAGGUCCCAUUUCAUUUGAAGGCAGUGUAUGACAACCAAUAUUUGCUAGAGACCUCUUCUUUGUUGGACUAUGAAGGGACCAAAGAAUUCAGCUUUAAAAUUGUUGCCUCUGAUUCUGGGAAGCCCAGUUUAAAUCAGACUGCCCUGGUAAGGGUUAAGCUUGAGGAUGAAAAUGACAACCCACCAAUUUUCAACCAGCCUGUAAUUGAGCUGUCAGUUUCUGAAAACAACCGACGUGGGUUAUACUUAACAACUAUUAGUGCCACAGAUGAAGACAGUGGGAAAAAUGCAGACAUUGUUUAUCAGCUUGGACCUAAUGCCUCCUUCUUUGAUCUGGACCGAAAGACGGGAGUUUUGACAGCCUCCAGAGUCUUUGACAGAGAAGAACAAGAACGAUUCAUUUUUACAGUAACUGCCAGGGACAAUGGGACCCCUCCCCUCCAAAGCCAGGCGGCUGUGAUAGUUACUGUUCUGGAUGAGAAUGACAAUAGCCCCAAGUUUACUCAUAAUCAUUUUCAGUUUUUUGUGUCUGAGAAUCUGCCAAAGUAUAGUACUGUGGGGGUAAUCACAGUGACAGAUGCAGAUGCUGGAGAGAAUAAAGCUGUGACUCUUUCCAUUCUAAAUGACAAUGAUAAUUUUGUGUUGGAUCCCUAUUCUGGAGUCAUAAAGUCAAAUGUCUCGUUUGAUAGAGAGCAGCAAAGUUCCUACACUUUUGAUGUCAAAGCCACUGAUGGAGGACAACCGCCUCGUUCCUCUACUGCAAAAGUAACUAUCAAUGUCAUGGAUGUCAAUGACAAUAGCCCUGUUGUCAUUUCUCCACCAUCUAACACUUCCUUUAAGUUGGUGCCCCUCUCAGCCAUUCCUGGCUCCGUGGUAGCAGAAGUUUUUGCAGUGGAUAUUGACACCGGGAUGAAUGCUGAGCUUAAGUACACAAUAGUGAGUGGGAACAACAAAGGCUUAUUUCGGAUUGAUCCAGUAACAGGUAACAUUACUCUGGAAGAGAAGCCGGCACCUACGGAUGUGGGCCUGCACCGUUUGGUGGUCAACAUAAGUGACCUGGGGUACCCGAAAUCUCUGCACACACUUGUGCUUGUAUUCCUUUACGUUAACGACACGGCUGGAAAUGCCUCCUACAUCUAUGACUUGAUCCGCAGGACUAUGGAGACCCCGUUGGACAGGAACAUAGGGGAUAGUAGCCAGCCCUAUCAAAAUGAGGACUAUCUCACCAUCAUGAUUGCCAUCGUGGCAGGCGCCAUGGUGGUCAUCGUUGUGAUCUUCGUCACCGUUCUGGUGCGUUGUCGCCAUGCCUCGAGGUUCAAAGCAGCUCAGAGAAGCAAGCAAGGUGCCGAAUGGAUGUCCCCAAACCAGGAGAACAAACAAAACAAGAAAAAGAAAAGGAAGAAAAGAAAGUCUCCCAAGAGCUCCCUUUUGAACUUUGUUACUAUUGAAGAAUCCAAACCUGACGAUGCCGUUCACGAACCUAUCAAUGGGACAAUUAGCCUGCCGGCUGAGCUGGAGGAGCAAAGUAUAGGAAGAUUUGACUGGGGCCCGGCACCUCCAACCACCUUCAAGCCUAACAGCCCUGACCUGGCCAAGCACUACAAAUCUGCUUCUCCACAGCCUGCUUUUCAUCUCAAACCAGACACUCCAGUUUCCGUGAAAAAGCAUCAUGUGAUUCAGGAGCUCCCUUUGGACAACACCUUUGUCGGGGGUUGUGACACCCUGUCCAAACGCUCUUCCACUAGUUCAGAUCACUUCAGUGCCUCAGAGUGCAGUUCCCAAGGAGGCUUCAAGACAAAGGGCCCCUUACACACCAGACAGUGUAACUCACACAGCAAAAGUGACAAUAUUCCUGUCACUCCUCAGAAAUGUCCCAGCUCUGCGGGUUUCCACAGUCAGGAGAAUGAAGAAAGCCAUUUCGAGUCGCAGCGCCGUGUUACCUUUCACCUCCCCGAUGGCUCCCAGGAAAGCUGCAGUGACAGUGGUCUAGGAGACCACGAGCCGGUGGGUAGUGGAACCCUGAUCUCACACCCUCUUCCUCUGGUUCAGCCACAGGACGAAUUCUACGACCAGGCCUCCCCAGACAAGAGGACUGAAGCAGAUGGCAACUCUGACCCCAACUCUGAUGGGCCUCUGGGUCCCCGAGGAUUAGCUGAAGCUACAGAGAUGUGCACUCAAGAGUGCUUGGUUUUGGGCCACUCUGAUAAUUGCUGGAUGCCUCCUGGCUUGGGUCCAUAUCAACACCCAAAAUCUCCUCUCUCAACCUUUGCGCCCCAGAAAGAAUGGGUCAAGAAGGACAAGCUUGUGAAUGGCCACACCCUGACUAGAGCUUGGAAAGAAGACAGCAACAGGAACCAGUUUAAUGACCGUAAGCAGUAUGGCUCCAAUGAAGGCCAUUUCAACAAUGGCAGCCACAUGACAGACAUUCCUUUGGCAAAUCUGAAGUCUUAUAAGCAAGCAGGAGGUUCUAUUGAGAGUCCUAAGGAGCACCAACUCUAAGAAAAGACUUUAUGGGACCUAAUAACUUUAAUCUAAAUAGACAUGCUAAUACUGUGUGUGUCAGAGCUUUAUGUAUUCAAUAGAUCUCUACAACUAUGCCCCUUAUAGCAGGGAUAUCCAUAACUUUGUGUUAGCACCAUGGAGGAGACAAUGUUUUGCAACAAAAGAGAGAAGAUAGUUCUACUAGCCAUGUGAUCUUGUUUACUAGAAUUGAUUAAACUCUCCAGAGAUGUCUCCAUUGUGCAAUUUUUUUUAUUAUUAUUGCAUUUUAUUUUGACCCUGGACUGCUGCUAUGAACAAUAGAAUAUGCAUUUGGAGAGUAAGAAAGUUUCAUGGAUUAGAGUGACUGACAAACAUAUCCAGUUAGAAAAUUGUGCUUUUUGUCAUUGAUUUGUGCUGGGACCGCUAUACUUGACAUUAUACUUCAAACAAAACUUAAAAGAUAAGCAUUAAACCUAUUGUGCUGUUAACAACGUUAG